AUGGAGUUAAACAAAAGUGAUGACCCAGUGAACUCUUUUAACAACUACGAAGAAUAUUUGGAUUCAAAAGUGACAACGAUGGAUUUGUUUUUCCUUAGCAGCAAGGAGUCGGCCCGCAAGCUGGUAGAGCAUGGACACAAGGGCACUGUGCUGACUCGGCAGGAAUUUGAGCAGCGGAAAGCACCAUCGGUGUUGGCGACUGGCUCCCACCGGAACCGGACUCAGGCACUAGCAAGCUCAGGAUAUGACGUCCGGGACAACUUCCUGAAGGCACUCGCCGAGCGAGAGGAAGCCAACCGCACUGGAAAUAUGACGUCCCUGAUCUUCAUCCGUGAUGCGAACGCUCUCGGACAGGAAGUGUCUGGCUAUAUCGACUACGCCCACAACCUGCAGACGCAGGACUUCACGCCGUAUUUCAGUGGGAGAAAGAAGCUGGUGCCAGGACCCUCGGAUUUAUGUUACUACAACUGGACCACCCAGGUUUCAGCUUCCAACUGCAGCUCAAACUACGAAACCCUGUACGAGCACACUGGCGGACUUCUUUUCAGGAGGAAGACAGAUGGCAACAUCCUCAACAUCGACCCCCGGUGCCAUCCUGGCAAGGACGUGAGAAGAAGCGUGGUACAGUCUGAAGUUUACACGCAUGUUGUCAUCCUGGACCACAACAUCACAAGUUUCUGA